AUGUUCGGUUGGAGAAUUUUCAUAUUUUUAAUUGUGACAUUUUGUUAUGGCCCAGAAUUGGUCCAGGCAUCUGUGAUAAAUGUGAAUAAAUUCUAUGAAAAAUUAAUAAAGGCCAAUGUAAAUGAGAGUGUGGAUCCAUGUGAAAAUUUCUAUGAAUAUGCUUGCGGCAAUUGGCAUCGCAAUUAUGAUGAUGGAAAGGGUGAUUACAUCGAUAUGCCUGGGUAUAUGGACUACAAAGUAAAUCAGCAGUACAGGGAGUUAUUGGAAAAGGGAGAGGAAGACAGGAAAUGGAAAACGGGGAUUUUUAAAAAAGCCAAGGCCUUAUAUGAUGCCUGUGAAAAUGUGGAACAUUUGGUAUUGAAUCAAUUUCUGGCCGCCGUGGAGGAGGAAUUGCAAAUGGAAUGGCCCAUAUUUAGUAUAGAGAGUGAAGAGGAGUGGUUAAAUGUCACACGAUUUGAUUGGUUACAUGUUUUGGCCGUGCUGAGACGUUAUGGCAUGAAUGGGAUAUUUCUCACCCACAAUGUCAAUGUUAAUCCCCGCAAUAGUAAGGAAUAUUUUUUGGAAGUUUCACAACAUUAUGAUGGUUCGGUACUUUUGGAAUCCGAAGAUGUGGAGAAUAUUUUUAUUAAUUUUGGUAUGGAUCACAAUGCAAGUCACCAGCUGACUGAGGAAAUAAUGGAGUUUGAAAGAGCACUUAACGAACUGGCAAAGAUUGUAUAUUUAAAUGAAACUGAUACCCGAAACUAUGCGGAUAAUUUUCAACAAAUGAAGCUGAAGGAAUUGCAGGAAAGUGUGCCGGAAAUUGAUUGGUUGAAAUAUUUUCAAAUUGUUUUGAAUGAAACCAGAAGGGAAUAUUUACAAAAUUUAACCAUACAAACAUUUGCAGUGACUCCGGAAUUUUUCUCAAAUCUCAAGGAACAUUUGCAGUCUUAUUCUAAUGAAACAAUUGGCUAUUAUAUAAUGUUGAAAUUUAUGUAUUAUAUAAAUGGUAAUCUUCCACAUGGCAGUCAAAGAAAUUGUAUAAAAUAUGUUCGCAGUUUUAUGCCAGUUUUUAUGAACUACCUUUAUGAAGAGACACUUUUUAAAAAUAAGCGCCAGGAAAUUGAGGAGAGCCUACAGAAAAUGUUUCAGAAUUUGAAAAAUUCAUUUGAAUCAUUGGUUAAGGAAAAUCACUUGAAACUAGACUCCCAAGAACAAAAUUUUAUUCUCAAAGAACUACAUCACAUGCAAUUGAAAAUUGGCAAUCUACCACGUAACUGCAGUGAGGAUUUUGUGGAGAACUUCUACAACGACUUAAAAGUGAAUAGCAGCAAUUUUAUCGACACGCAUUUGAGUGUUUUAAAAUUUAUGAAUGAAUUGCAUUAUCGAUAUUUGGAACAAAAAUCCCUACCCAUUGCCGAUAAGGUGUAUCAUUUCGAUACCAGCUCCCUCAGUUCCUCAUCUCCAGUGAAAAUCUUCGACAAUGCCAUAUUGGUGCCACAUGGCUAUCUCCAAUUACCCCUCUAUGACACCCAACUAAACCACCUACAUCAAUACUCCCUGCUCGGUUUCAUUUUGGCCCACGAAAUUAUCCAUGCCUAUGAUUUAUUUCACAUUAUCUAUGAUCAUGAAAGUAAUUAUGAUUAUCUCGGCUCCAAGGUGGCUCAUCAUUUUUCACCACAUCUAAAGUGUUAUUCGCAGAGUACUCGCUCGGAUAUUGCAUCGGAAAAUAUUGCAGAUGUUGCGGGGUUGCGUGUGGCCUAUAAUUAUUAUCAAACCAUUAGCGAUGAUCAUGGCAUGAAAUUCCCAUUUCUCCAUCUAACCAAGGAUCAGUAUUUCUUUGUAAAUUCUGUGCAGUUUUUAUGUGCUGAUAUUUAUAAAAUAGCCGCCUUGGGUCUGGAGACUACGGCGGAUUUAGCCCAUGACAUGCAUGAUAAGCGAGUGCAACAGAAUUGGUCGAAAUUUGAGGAAUUCUCAUUGGCAUUUAAUUGUUCCCCCAAAUCGAAUAUGAGUACACCAGUUGAAUCGUGUAGGAUUUGGUAA